GGCCUUGCCUUGCUCCUAUUUGAUUUCCAUUCUAAUGAUCUGUGUGGAACCUGAUGCUGAGUUUAGAUAUUUUUGUCCUCCACAAAAAUACCCCUCCCCGUGUACCUUCCUAUUUCAGCUGUUCAUUAGAGCGUGGGGGUGUAAUCUGUGCAGGCAGCCAGCUGAAAAGAAUCGGUGAUGAGGGAUUAAAAACUCACAUUUGAUGCUCUUACUGAUAGCGGGGAAGCAAAGGGAAUACUGUACAAAUGGGCAGAGGUGUCCCCUCUAAAGGACAUUCUCUUGAACUACAGUAUCCAUGAUCUAGUGCAGCUCUUGUAGACAUUUUUCAGGAUUUUCUUCUCGUGACUACUUUCUCCUCCCACUAUUUUGUCUCAGAAGAAAGGAGGGGAACCUAUGAAGAAAAAAUGUUGAAAAUAAUUAUCAGGUUUAAAGAAAACAAUCCCCCAAAAUGUGACACAAUCCCUCUCAAAAUAAAUUGAGACAAUUUUUUUGGUAAAGGCUAUUUUUCAACCAAAUAUAUAUGAUGCUGGACUAGUCCAUCCUUUGGAUUGUCACGGUUCUCUCUGACUUCUUCCUAUAGUUUUGAAUUGCUCCAAGCAAACCUGUGAAGAUCUGGACAGAUGUCUGCUUACGCCUGUGUGGUUAUGUUGCCCAAAGGAACACGACCUGAAUCAAAGGCUAGGUGAGCCUCAUCUCCUAAUCAGUCAGCGGUUGCAGGCCAGGCUGGGAAAUCAGAGAGGGGCAGUGCACGGAGCGAGCAUGUGGUGGCCUGUUGAGGAGCAUGGCCUAGCAGUUUUCAGCUGUGUGGGUGCCAGCUGGAACGGGACUGCUGACUACGGCGCAAAGGGGUUCCUAUGCAGCUCUCCGGAGAACUGUACAGACAAUAUCACCCAAUUUCGGAUGAGAAGCCAUUUUUCCAAGUGCCCGGAGGAGUACAAGCAUUAUUGUGUGAAAGGGAAAUGUCGCUACGUCACAGCAGAAGAGACCCCAUCUUGCAUCUGCGAGAAGGGCUACACCGGCGCCCGAUGUGAGCACGUGGACAUAUUCUACCUGCGAGGCCACGAAGGGCAGGUGGUGGUGGUGUGCCUGAUAGUGGCCAUGGUGGCGCUCAUCGCCCUGGUGCUCAACACUCACCGUCGGAAGCGGCGCAGGAGGAGAAAGGAAGAAGAAAUGGAAACGCUACAGAAAGAUUUGCCUCCCAAACCCGAGGAUGUCCUAGAGACAGACAUUGCAUGA